AUGGCCCCGACCCAACCGCCGGCCCCGAGCACGCUCCUCAACCUUGCCCGUUCUGCCGCCCCGCAUGUCGUAGCCACCACCUCCGGGGCCAUCGCCCUCUCCCGCCGCGACCUGACCGUCAACGAUGCCCAGAAAGUCACACUAGGCGUCAUCGCCGCCUACAUAGUUGCCAUCGCCCUACUAUGGAACCUGCCCUACGUCCGCUGGGUGCUGUGGCCGUUCAAGAUGCUCGUAAUAGCCUUCCACGAGUUUGGGCACGCCAUCAUGUGCGUGCUGACGGGGGGAAAAGUCAAGAGCAUCGAGCUGGACCCGCGCGAGGGCGGGGUGACGCACAUGCUCGGGGGGCGAAGCGCGCUGACGCUGCCCGCGGGCUACCUAGGCUCGUCGCUGGUGGGCGCGCUGCUGACGUUUGCCGGGUUCAACAUCAACGCGAGCAAGAUUGCCAGCAUCGCCGUCGGCGUAUGCUUCCUGCUCACCCUGUGGUGGGGCCGCCGCGACUGGCUGACCAUCGGCACCAUCCUCGCCGCGGUGGGUCUGCUCGUCGGCUGCUGGUUCAUUGCCCACGCCGAGGCCCUGCGGUUUGUGGUGCUGUUUAUCGGCGUCAUGAGCUCGUUGUAUAGCGUGUGGGAUAUUUGCGAUGACCUCAUCCUCCGCAAGAUCAACAGCUCCGACGCGAGCGUCUUUGCUAAGCGCUACGGCGGCUCUUCCCAGUGCUGGGGCGUCAUCUGGUCCAUCAUCUCGCUCUGCUUCAUGGCGGCCGGCAUUGUGGCCGGCAUUGCGGCGUUCCCGCAGUCUGCUGAGCAGCAGAGGCAGGACUCGCAGCACUUUAUUCCCACAAAGUUUUGA